UGGCGUUAAAACUAUUUUUGAUUGUAUUUGUUAUAACUCGAUCUUUUGCUAUUGAUUAUACCAAAUAUUACAUGGAUGAUCGAUGUGGUCAAAUCCUUGAGAAGACGGUAGGAAUACUGAAAACCACGAGAUCGCGGCAUUACCGUUCUAACAUGGACUGUUCCGUAGUCCUUAGAGCCCCGCUAAAUCACAUGAUGUUGGUACGAAUUAUUAAAAUCGAUAUAGACAAGGACUUUUUCUCGUGCAGUGACUGGAUGCAGGUGUUGGAUGGAACUUGGGGGAAAUUAGAUCUAACAGGCCGCAAGUGUGGUGAGCGUGAACCUCGUACUUCCUAUGCAUCAUCCGGACGGGACAUUACCGUAAAGUUUCAUAGUGACCGCUCCAACAACGAUGAUGGAUUCAAGUUGUUGUUUAAUUCCUUUCACAUGGAGCCGUGUACAGAAUCAGAAUUCAAGUGUGACAACGGCCGCUGCAUCUCAGAUAGCCUGAAGUGUUCAUAUCGCGACCACUGUGGCGACGCCUCCAACAUCUGUUUUGAUGAAACUACAUGGAUCGUCAUCGGCUGCAUCGCUCUCGUUAUCAUUAUCAUCAUUAUCUUGAUAGUUGUGUAUUAUAUGAAGCAAAAAAAACGUUCGAGAGUUCCACAAUACGCCGCCCCCCAGAAUAUUCCACUUCAAAACCAACCCUAUGGUCAGCCGGCUCAAUUAGGAUAUCCAUCGCCUCAAGGAUAUCCUCCUCAACCAGCACCUGGUACAGGAUAUUAUCCUCAACCAGCACCUGGUACAGGGUAUCCUCCUCAACCAGCACCUGGUACAGGAUAUUAUCCUCAACCAGCACCUGAUACAGGAUAUCCUCCUCAACCGGCACCUGGUACAGGAUAUCCUCCUCAAUCAGCACCUGAUACAGGAUAUCCUUCUCAAUCAGCACCUGCUACAGGAUAUCCUCCUCAAUCAGCACCUGAUACAGGAUAUCCUCCUCAAUCAAAACCUGGUACAGGAUAUCCUCCUCAACCAGCAUCUGGUACAUGAUAUCUUCCUCAGCCACAUUCUACAGGAUACGCACCUUAGCCAGCUGCCGCAGGAUAUCAUUAGCCAUUUCCUUUUGACCAAUGACUCAGCCAUAAUAUAACAAUCCGGAGGAAUAAAAAAAUUAGUACAUGGCGUAAGCCGCAACCAGAUUUAUGUCCUGGAUGGGGGGCAGGAAUAAGUAUUUUAUUCCUCACGUUCUCUAUCAUCCGCUAAAGUUGAUUGCAUUGAAAUUAUUUAUCCAGAAAACCACAUAUUUACACCCUUUAGGCGUAAGUGGAUAAUGGGCGCUGCCACGACUCGUACAUCAAAGGCCGUGUUAUCUUGUCUGUGGUAUGGUGCAUAUAAAAGAGAGAAGUUUGUUUUGUUUAACGAUAUUACUACAUCCCUUGCUACUAAUGAAAAAAUGUAGUGGGUUUCCUCUAAGAAUAUAUGUCGCAAUUACUGAAUGUGUGACAUCCUAUAGCCAGUGAUUAGUAAAUCAAUGUGCUCUACUGGUGUCGUUAAACUAAACAAACUGUUUCUUAAUAAUAGAUGCUGAUGACGAUUGUCACAGUGUGACGACAUGUAUAUAAAACGUGCUUUGGUAAUAGACCUCUAUAUACCUUUAUGUUUCGAUAUAUUUGUUUCCUAUGUACAUACCAGGAUUUCUCUCGCUUAAAUACUAAAGCUCGUGACAUUUGAACAUUAUUUCACUCGGGACACAAACAUGAUACGAAAUGGAAGCUCGUUUAAUAUCCUAUAAUUAUCUGAAAUUAGACCUUAGACCAAAUUAGAAGAUGAACAAAAUAUAAUAAUAUAAUAAAGAAACGUUAGAAUAGCAAUGGAGUACAUAGAGAAUAAUUAUAUUGGCGUUAUCUUGCGAAGGUACGAAUUGGAAAUUCCUUGACCCUUGACCGGUGGAAUUUCGCAUUAGGGCUGAAUACGAUAAAGCCAAUACCCUGCCUCAUUAAUUUGUUGUUAUCUUUAUCCUGCAGACCAUAAACACUAAGGGGAAAAGCUAUUAUUUCUGUUAUUUCAGCAACAUUGUACGAUGACGUAUAGGUCUAAUGGGCGAUUUUGUAAUGUAACUAUAUGCAUGUGACGUCACAUGAGUCACAUAAUUGAAGUCAAAAGUCAUAAUGUGCUAGUAUACGUUGGUGACUGUUUUAAUAGGCCAAUAGAACAAUAAGUUGUCCUGCAAUAGUCAGGAGGGAUAGUAAGCAUUAUCGGAUGUAGGAUAACAAUGGAAUACAUACGUUUUCUGUCGAUUGAUAUUAGUUUGUAAUAGUGAUGUUCCAAUAAUCGGAUGUAGGAUAACAAUGGAAUACAUACGUUUUCUGUCGAUUGAUAUUAGUUUGUAAUAGUGAUGUUCCAAUAAUCGGAUGUAGGAUAACAAUGGAAUACAUACGUUUUCUGUCGAUUGAUAUUGGUUUGUAAUAGUGAUGUUCCAAUAAUCGGAUGUAGGAUAACAAUGGAAUACAUACGUUUUCUGUCGAUUGAUAUUAGUUUGUAAUAGUGAUGUUCCAAUAAUCGGAUGUAGGAUAACAAUGGAAUACAUACGUUUUCUGUCGAUUGAUAUUAGUUUGUAAUAGUGAUGUUCCAAUAAUCGGAUGUAGGAUAACAAUGGAAUACAUACGUUUUCUGUCGAUUGAUAUUGGUUUGUAAUAGUGAUGUUCCAAUAAUCGGAUGUAGGAUAACAAUGGAAUACAUACGUUUUCUGUCGAUUGAUAUUGGUUUGUAAUAGUGAUGUUCCAAUAAUCGGAUGUAGGAUAACAAUGGAAUACAUACGUUUUCUGUCGAUUGAUAUUAGUUUGUAAUAGUGAUGUUCCAAUAAUCGGAUGUAGGAUAACAAUGGAAUACAUACGUUUUCUGUCGAUUGAUAUUAGUUUGUAAUAGUGAUGUUCCAAUAAUCGGAUGUAGGAUAACAAUGGAAUACAUACGUUUUCUGUCGAUUGAUGUUAGUUUGUAAUAGUGAUGUUCCAAUAAUCGAUUAUAAUCGAACAUUGAUCAGUCUGGCUCUAUCAAUGUUAUGAUCGAUUGCAAAAAUCCAUAAUCGAUUUUCUGUGAAAAUGUUAACUGUAGUAGUUGUUCCUGUUUAGAUGUUAUUGUUGAUGUAAAUAUGAUGGGGUUUGAGUUUGUUUUCAUGUUUUCAUGAAACAAAAACAAAAUAUUAUAUAGUUAUUAAAUGUAAAAUUAGCCAUUUGAAGGGUAAAAUUCAACACGACAAGAGGUUCGUGGUUCUCAUAAUUAAAUCCUUCCUAAAGUCCAUAUAAUUCAAACCGAUUUGAAAGUUGAUCGGUUGGUGCUUACCGAUAAUAACCGAUGAGCGAUGACGAAAUUCCAACCGAUUUCAAACGCUAGUUUGUAAUGUAAUAAGACACUAUUUUUCAAAGGGUGUGCAAAAUUUCACCCACUGGCAUUUUAAAAAUCCAAUAUCGCCAUCGACAUUUCCUGAAAUCAUUAAAAUGGUCAUAACGUCUUUUGUACUAGAGACAUACGUUGUAGUAAUACACUCAGGUUUUUAAGUACGACGGAUAUAUUGGAAGGGUUAUGGGUGUGAUGUGGACAUUACAUUAGCGUACAAAACCAUUAUGGACGUCAAAACAUAUUUGUGGAAACCUGCCAGACUUGGUGUCGGUAUAAACAUUAUCAACUAUGAGAACACGCAAGUAAUUAAAUUCAAUUUUAAUUUAUUCGAAUAACCAAUUGGCUCGACAGAAUCGCACACGACGUUUACUUUUUUCUUGAACUUGAUCAACACAUCAGCUGGCAAAGCUUUCCGCAUAUUACACACCACAUCAUUAUCUUCGUCUAAUUUGUCAGUAUCAUUUGGGGGGGUUUCACGAUUUUAAUUCUGUUUGUAUUUUAUGGUAUUUUAAUGUGUUAGGUUUUGAUCUUUAUCGUUCAUGAUUCAAGAUAAAAAAAACAAACACUUAUAAACGCCACCAUUUGUUAAACAUCACCUUUUUAAUGUUACAGUUUAUAUAUAUAUACAUGUAUAUUAUUUUGUAUUAUUCUUUUCUCCUUUUUUGUCUUUUCUUACUCUUCCCAACCCCCUCCACCUUACAGUGGGUAGUGAUGACGUCACAUGAGACUAAUUGACAAUUUUAUUUACCCCCCCCCCCCCCACACACACACACACACCUACCCACACCUUGUACCAUCUGAACAUAUAUUCAGUAUAGCUGGGGACAGUAACAGCACAGAGGGUGGAACUGAAUCCUGAAAUAGUGGGUACGCUGGUUUUCUUGAAGAUCAAUAUAGACUAAAUAAUUUACCAUGACAACUAAAACUGAUAAAAUACAUUAAGAGGUAUAUCCCUUCUGCUUUCAUUAAUCCUCCCACCACCACCCAUAAAUAAUACUAACUAUAUUGCAAUACAUAUUGCAAUACGAUUUUGACUAUAUCUUUGCACCCCUAACUUUAAUGGAUGUCUGUGCGGCCAUAUUGGAUAUAUAUGCUAAUGUAAUGGCCACAUGGCAUCCAUAACGAUAUUCCUUGUGCUUGACAACCUGGGUAUAGAACCAAAACAUAUAUGUCUCUAGCACAAAUAGUUAAGACGUUCCGGUCAUUUUAAUGAUUUUGUGGGUUUGGCGGCGGCCAUAUUGGAUUUUUAAAAAGCCAAAGGACGAAACUUUGCACACCCUCUGUACUCCAUUUCCACCAUAAGUGUAUUUUUCUCCCACAAAACAUGUUUUACUAUCAGGGGAGGCGGUUGGUAUUAAAUUCGACUUUCAACUUUUGAACGCCGAUGCAUUCUAGACUCCCCAAUUUAAUAACUGAUAAAAGGGGAGAUACCUAUAAAUAUAGCUGUUCAUGUAAGCUUAUUUUAAUGGACAGAUGUGUAAUUUAUGCUUAAAUUAGCUGAAAAUUCAUUUUAUCGAUUUAUUUAAUUGCGUAAACAUUAUAUAAUAUUAAUUUGAAGGUGUUUAUUAUUAUUGUUAUUUUCUAUCACAGUUAAAUAUGAAAUUUGAAAUUAUAUGAAUGCAUGCGUAGUUCUAGUUGCAUUUAAAAUUUGUCCGUACAAUGUUUUUGUGGGGUUUUUUUUUUAUCUAUGGAUGACAAGAAACACCUUGUCUAUAAAUUAUACAGAUCAUUUAAUUGGUAUUAUUGUUCUUAGAAUUGCAUAGCAUUGCAUAAUGAUUGUUGUUGGUGGGUUUUUUUGUUAUAUUCUUAUAUAUAAAAUCUGGUUGUGUUGAAAACCAUUAUUAUUAUUAUUAUUAUUAUUUAGUAGCUGUGGUGUUAGUAGUAGUAGUAGUAGUUGUUGUUAUUGUUGUUGUAGUUGUAAUAGUAGUGGUGGUGGUAGUAGUUAUUGUUAUUAUUAUGUUUGUUUAUUUGUUUGUAUUUAUUUAUCUGUAUAUUCAACAUGUUUCUAAUCACCUUAAUGUGCUUUGUGGCCCCAACUGGAGUUUAUAUAUGAAAAUGUUUAUAUUGGAUUUUAAAAUUAUUAUUAAUGUUUUUUGUUUGUUUUUGUUUACAUAAGAAUGUUUAUACUGCUAAAAGUGGACUCUGCUCAAAUUGGCAUCUGUAUAACCUGGAUUUCUGUAUAAAGCGGCACAAUCACAGUCUUGUUCAGUGAUAAGAAGCUUAAAACAGCUAUGUUAGUGGGAAAGAAUUCCUUUAAUUUAUACGUUGUUGUUGUCACUGUUUAGGCAGUGUGAUAGUACUUCACAAGGUGUAAAAUAUAUCACUGUACAUUUCUCCUAAUCAUCAUCAUCAUCCUUCUUCUCAUGUUUCUUAAUCACGAGGGUAUAUCGUUCUCUUGUUGAGCUGUUCGUCUAGGAUCGACUCCCGUCGAUCGGCCCAUUGGGCUGUUUAUUGUUCCAGCCAGUGCACCACGACUGGUGUAUUAAAGUAUGUCGUAUGUGCUAUCCUAUCUGUGUGAUGUUGCAUACAAAAGAUCCCUUUCUACUAAUGGAAAAAUGUUGCGGAUUUCCAAUCUAAGACUAUAUGUCAGAAUUACCAAAUGUUUGAUAUUCAGUAGUCAGUGAUUAAUAAAUCAAUGUGCUCUAGUGGUGUCGUUAAACAAAAUAAACUAUAACUUUUCUUCUUAAUUACCUUCUUGUUUAAUGGAAUAAGCAAACCAGCAAGAGAUGAUGAAUUGAUGCACUUUAAAUUUGCUUUAGGGAUUUAACUUCAACUUUGUUGUUAUUGAUAAUUAAUUAUACCAUCACAAAUUUGAUUUGUUGUUGCUAAACAUUUUGUAUUUCAUUUGUUGCUAUUAUAUUUAUUAAAAUUUGAAAACAUU